AAUUUCUCUCCGCUCACUUCCCGAUAGAACGAGAGUCCUCCACGAGGUUGUGGAAAGGAACGCAUGAAGAAAUGAAACAAGAAAAAACACUCAUUCUUCAUCCACGGCCUAGAUUGAACCAUCUUCUCGAGCUGAUUCAUUUGUGUUGGUGAGGAAAGCUUGACCACAACCUUGUUGUCAAUCGAAAAGCUGGUUAAGUGGGUACGAGGGCUGUGAUUACGACGGAAUGGUGUCUCUUCUUUUCUUGGGCUUUUCAUAAUGAUGUUCCAAUCCAUGUGGAACAUUCACUAAAACCCAAAGUUGAAAGAACUUCAUCGAGACGAGAGGCCAUUUGAAUGGACGAGGCGGCGAUAGUGAUUCUUUCUUUACUCAUAGUGGUGGAUGCUAGUUAUGCUUUUUGUGGCCAAACUUUGGAGCGCUGCAGAUGUUGCAUGGCCAAUGAAGCUCAUUCAAAUGUAAAAGCGGUUUUCUCCUUUCCAGUUAGCUUUCAAUGCCUUCACAUCAAGAUCUAAUCAAAGCUUGAUGCCGUGAAAAAUUUAGAAAAAACUCGAUACAUCUGCCAAUCGAGACCUUAAGUACUUCAGUGCAUCAUGGCAUCGCUCAAGGAGUAUUGUGAACAGACAUCUCUCCACGGAUGGUUCUACAUGACCUCCACGGAUCGAAAGAUAUGGAGGUUCCUAUGGACCAUGAUUGUUCUCACAUCCAUUGGCGUGGCUUCAGUGUUUGUAUACAAGGCCACCGAAGACUUCUCUGAGGCCACCGUGGUCACAACCAUUCAUUCAACAACCGUCCCAUUGUCAGAAGUCUACUUCCCAGCAGUGACCGUUUGCAAUAUCAACCAGGUCCGGAAGUCCUUCUUCAAUGAUUUGGAUAUUGACAACAACGUGAGUGUGGUGGACCUUCUCUAUGAGCAGUUCUACACGGGCAGUGAGCACGAACCUUUGCCCGAUGAGAAGGAGUUCAUGAAGAGCCUCUUCAAAUCCGAGACAUACGUAAAGAACGAGUUCCGAUACCAUCGGAUCACUUCUAAAGGUCACUCUGUGGAGACGCAAUUAAGCAACUGGACAGCAUACUUGGACAAAUUUCAAGAGUGGAUCGAACAAGGGUUCCAAUUUACGCGUUUGGCCGUUCAAGAACCUUAUGGCGUGAUGAUCCUUCAAGCCAGUUAUGGAAUGCGCAAACGCUUUGGCAAUUACACCGAUUUCAAUCCUUACUUCGGCACGGACUACGGAAUUUGCAGCCUCAUCAAGCCUCAAAUCGCUUUCGAUCCCAAUCUCGACGGUGUUCCCUAUUGGAAAAAGAUUUUCGGCGAACACAAUUGGGCCGUGGAGAAAGGAGCAGAGGUGGGCAAGGCCAAUGGCCUUAGCAUGCUUUUGGAUGCCGAGACCUUCGAUUACACGUUUCACUUAAAAGCCGGCGAGGGAUUCAAAAUUGCUGUUCAUCAUCAUUUGGACCAACCAAUCAUGAGCAUCAAGGAGCUGGACAUUUCGCCAGGAUCCGUGUUCCAAAUUGCAGUGACCCCGACUCUAAUGUCCACCACACCCGAGGCCAUUGAGCGAUUCUCCCCAUUGGAGCGAGGUUGUUACAAGGAAGGGGAACUGCCAUUGAAAUAUCUACCCUCCAGUUUCUAUCGUUAUGAGAUGUCCAAUUGUCUGUUCGAGGCAGCUUAUGAGCGUGUCCUUGAGGAAUGCGAAUGCACUCCGAGCUUUCACCAAUUGGCCUACGAGCAUGUGCCCUCCAUUUGUCGGGGACCAAGUCUGACUUGCAUGAAUCGAAUACUAAGGUUCAUCGGAAAACUCAACCGGGUGGGAGAAAACCAAGACGAGUGCUUGUCGGCCUGCUACGAUCAAAUCAAUCAUGUUUCCGUGACCAGUUCGGAUUUCCCAAAUCGAGAGACCUUUGUGCGUCGAGAGGAAUUUUGUCUGGCCUUGCAGAAGCUCAAUCGCACGUGCAACUCAGAGAAGAGGGCAUUCCUAAUUGCCAAAUUCCCCACAGUGUGCCACAAUAUCCGAGUCGUGUUUCAACGUGUGUCCGACAUUGGAGAGAACGGUUCACUCUGCCGAGCCUUGAAAUGGGAUCCGGUGCGUCUUUGGGAUUUCAAUCGCACCGAUGCCGAUAUUGCUCGACUGGAAGACGACAUAUUUCAAUACGCGAAACAAAACUUGGCCGUCGUGAAUGUCUAUAUCAAAGACCCGGUGGUCACUCAGAUUAUGAGGGAUGAGAAGAUUCCAGUUAUAGCCUUUGUUGCCAAUACCGGAGGCUUGCUCGGACUGUGUAUGGGUUUCAGUCUGGUCAGUGUUUUUGAAGUGCUCUACCACUUGAUUGGUGCCCUUCGGCAAUGGUGGAUGAACCGGAUAAGCCCAAUUGGUAGGAGAUUUGUAGCACAAACGGCCGCCUUGGCCACCCGCACCGUCAGCGUUCCAAUGAAUCAAGGAGAUAUUCAAGUGAAUGAACUUGCACGGGCAGAUCACGCCCUCCUUACCAAUAACGGAGAUUGCCACCCUGGUCCGAAAAACAAGCUGCCUUGCGCUAUUCAUGGAUCGAAUGGGGCGCCCUCUACUAUCCUCAUGUGUGAACUAAACUCUAGAACCAGUGGUCAAAGUCAGAUUAGACAGACUCUUGUCAGGAAUCACGAGACUCAGACUUGUCUUUUGUAUGAAAAAUCUCCAAACCAACCAAGUCCCGUUUACUGUGAGUUGGAUUGUGCUCAAGGCAACGGAAGUGUGUCUAACGGAAGUGAUGAGUCAGACGUUGCUGAUAUUCAACUAGAUUUUCAAAGCCCAUCAGGGUUGCCGCAUGGGAUUCAUUGUGAUUGCCAAAUGGUCAUGUCAGACAUCAAAUGCAAGAGGAGCAGCUAAUAACGUCUGGCUUGGAGGGAAUGCCUCAUCAAAUGGGCCCGUUUAUCGGGAAUUACUCAGCAAGAUUUCUCUUGGCCGACUCUCGCCUCGUCAACAAAAGGGGCAUCAUGGUUGUAUGUAGGGGAUAGCUUACGACUAAUACAGUUCAUGAUCCACACAAGUUGGACAGAUUAUGCUCAAUGGGUCUAGUUUGAUUGACAUGACAAGCGAUGAAGUAGAGACGAAAAUGAUCCUUAUUGCAACUAGAUACAAAGAAUGAAUUGUGACUGGUGAAUUGAAAAUCAUGGAAUGAUGGUUUAUGAGCACCAUUAUCCAUCAUGCAAUUCUUGCGAAUUACGAAAUAUCAAGUCCAAGAAAACUGACUCUUUCAUUUUAUUUACCUCCCCGAAUAUAGUUCCGGAGAGGCAAAUUUAGGCAUGGACUGCCUACUUGGACUUCGAAAGGGCUCCGUCAAAAUUGGCCUAAGCUUGGCCGGAGCAAUUUUUAGUCCUUUUUUUUCAGAAUAUACGAAUAAGAUAAAAGUUCAGAUGAUUGCAAUUAAAGGCAAGUUAUUAAAGUUGUUCGAUUAAAAGUUACAGAAUGCUGCUACAGAAUAAAAUUAUGGGAAAGGGGCCCAAGAUACAACAAUUUAGCUUUUAUACGCAGUAACUCUUUUCAUCAGCCAGGAUUAGAUUUGUUAUCGAAAUCAUAGAUUAGGUCGUGGAGUACGGUAGUAGUGGAGUGGAAAGCUCUCUGAAACCACGUUUCAGUUUUGCGUUACCUCCUAAUCAAGUACUGGAACAUGAAGAUGGAAUUCAUUGAGCACAUUGAACACUCUCUCAGUGGGAAUGCAUAUCUGAUCAGGAGAUAACGCAUAGCUCUACCAAACCUCGCUAGAAGACGUUCGAUCUUUGACCGAGCUUUCCACUCCAUUACUGACGUACUCCCUGAUUAGGUAAACAAAGAUUGACCCCAAAUUGAUUUAUUUUGGAUAAAACAGAGUUCUUUAAAAAAAACAUUAAAUGUUCUUGUAAUCAUUUGAAAACACCCUUGAACUUUAUUCAUGGAAAUUUGCUUUUCAAAUUUGUAUUGUGAA